AUGCGUCGACAAUUGGAUGGUUUUGAUAGCCCUUGCAUUUCAGAACGGGAGUAUGUAAAGCUCCAGUACGGCCGUAAAAUCGCUCAGGAUACUUGUCUCCUAGCCACUAUGAAAACUCCAGACUGGUCACAUGGAUUUCCUGCAUUUAUUGGUAAACACAAUAUAGUUCCAUGCACUGUGACCACCAAUUCUGGCAAUUCCACUCUAAAAAUGUAUCCUUACUCUGUGUAUUCAUGUGCUUGUCAGUCGGAUCUCAGUCGAUGUCACAAAUAUCGGUCGAAUUACUUGAGACAUCGUUGCCUGUCUGGUCCAACAGUUGCUAUGCUACUUCCAACAGCGGGACACGAAUCCACACGCACUACUGUCCACUCCUCAGUAUUUGAAAACUGUGGUCGCGGAGUAAUAGAUCAAUCUAUUCCGUUGUCUCAUUUAAUAAUUUCACACUCUCCAGGACCGAAGAUGACGUCUAAUUUAUCACAUCUGAAUACUUUCUGCAGAAGCUGUUGGAAAAAAAGUCGAUAAAAUUGGUCUGACUUUAAAAUAACACUUUAUAAACUAAUUAACUAUAUGCAGACAUAAUGGAUCCUGAUAAUAUUGUCUAUAGAUGGACCAAUCAGUAUAGCGUAAUCACUAUGGGGACGAAGAGUGAAAAAGCUACCUGUCCAAAAACCUUAUCAUGAAAAUUUCGAGGGAUUGUCACUAUUCUUAAUACCGAUCAAGAUAAAAGACACAUCCCAAUCAUGUUCCGGCUAUCUUAAAUGUCGUAAAUGAACGAUUUUCUGAACCGAACUGCAUAUUUUUGAACGAAUGUAUCAGAAGACUUCAAUUUUUAGGUUUAUGGAUGGGUAGUGGGGUGAGGUAGAAGACGGUGUUAGGUACUGGUGUUUUAUCUGGUUUUCAGCUGUUACAUAUAUAAUGUGAGUUAAUAAGAUCAAUUUAGUUCAUUGUAAUGUCGGUUACCAUAUCAAACCCACAUAGUUUAUUGCAGCCUCUGGACAGAUCAAUUUAUUCAUUCUUAAAUCACAUUUUGACCUUGUCACUUAACCGCUUAUCAACUCGACUGUCUUUAUAUGAGCGUAUGUGUGCACACUUCUAAUCAUGCUCAUCAUAUAUCUGUAACUUAUUUUUGAUCUGACUAUGAAUAUCGAUUCACGCUUGGUUAAAUUGACUUGGCUCACUCGCCUUCAUUGCGCGUUAUUUGUUUCGCUUCGCUUUCCG